AUGCUGCAGCUUUACUUUUCGUCGUCCAGAUUUCGCAGCUAUCUUCCUGAUUGGGGUAUUGUUUUGGUACUUUUUUUCAUAUUCUUUUAUAUAACAGAGCAGAUCCAACCAUUUGAACGUCAGUUCACCAUAAAUGAUCCACGUCUUUUGCAUCCAUUUGCCAAAGUUGAGCGUGUUAGUGACCACCAGCUAUAUUUUUAUUCCACGGUGCUUCCAAUUUUGAUAAUCAUGAUAUCGUCUUUGUUGCUUGGUGGUAAUCAGUUUGAAAAGUACCACUUGGCCCAAAAGUCUAUUUUGGCACUCUUGUUCAGCGUUAGUAGUGUUUCUGUUUUAACUGAUAUAUUGAAAGUGUGGAUUGGUAAUCAUAGGCCCGAUUUCAUUGUGCGAUGUGGACCCAAGAAGGGAACACCCACGAAUAGAAUGGUAAAUGUUGCAGAGGUGUGUACUGCACCAUUGGGCGAAGCUUAUUUGGCAGAUGGGAUGAAGUCUACGCCAUCGGGACACUCAUCAAUGGCCUUUGCUGGGUUAUUUUUCCUUAGUUUAUGGGUGAUUGGUCAAUGGAAGCUCUUGAGUCGAAAGGCUUCAGGGAGGAGCCAAUGGCACAAGGGUGAGAGUACCAUUGCCAAUGUGAUUGUUGCAUGUUUACCAACUCUUUUGGCAACUUAUAUUGGGCUAAGCAGGACGCAAGAUUAUAGACAUCAUUUCUUUGAUGUAGGUUUUGGUACGUUUUUGGGAGUAUUAUUUGCAUCGUUACUGUACUGGAAGUAUUUUGGGUUUACUGAAAGUACAGGGGAAGAAAACGAUCUUGUGGACUAUGUAUGA